GCGGCCGGGAUGCCGCGCGCCAGGGAGCCCCGCGGCCCGCUGGAGGACGAGCUGCUGCUGCAGAAGCUCCGCGACAGCGGCCGCCGCUUCCAGAGACACAUGCUGCGGCUGCUGGAGAAGUACGAGCGGCCCUUCGAGGACGACCUGCUGGUGCGCAUGGCCACGCUGACCUACGAGACGCCGCAGGGAUUGAGAAUUUGGGGAGGAAAGCUAAUAAAGGAAAGAAACACAAAAGAAAACCAGGACCCCCCUGUGAAGGUGGUUGGCAGAUUGAGUGACUCUGGGCAGACUACACCGGAAGGCAGUGAGAGUGCGCCCAAGUGUACCCAAGUCCUGGGAGCUGAUUCAGAAAGCAGCGGUGCUGACAAAAUUCUAGAAGAUGAGGACAUGUCCGCGUGCACUCCUGCGUUUGCAGAGCCUGGGCGCCCUUUGGAAAACGAGUUAAGAAGGAAAUACCUGGCCCAGGUGGAUAUACUGCUGCAAGGUGAAGAGUAUUUUAAGAGCAUGGAGGAGAGGAGGAGAAAGGAUACAACCACGGCCCCGGCCCCUUCUUCGGCCUCGCCUGCUGCACCUGCCCCUGAGGGCCAUGAGAGUGUCUCUGCAGAGAGUCGGGAGAACCCUGGACAACUAGCUGCCUCCCCCACUGUGUGGGAUCCUUCGCUCCCUUGCCUAGUUGACAUGAUAAUUGUACCUAAAAACGACAGUCCCUCUUUACUGGAAACCAGCAGCAACAGCUGCCUAACCAGCCUGUCCUGUGAGGCUGAUGACAUUUGCAACGUGACAAUCAGUGACUUGUACACAGGCAUGCUGUGUUGCAUGAGCCAGCUGCUGAACUCGAAGCCAUCGUGCGUCAUCUCCACCAAGACGUGCAUGGCUCACGCCUGGAACCCCAGGAGGAGGCUCGCGCACAAGGGCAGAGUGCCAAUGAACAGCAUGUACUACCCCAGGGGCAAGCAUUCCCGGAGGAGCCCCAAGGAGAGGUCUGCGCCCUGCUUAGAGCUUGGGAAAGAGACGGGAGUGUUGAGAGACUGCGAGAACUUACCAUGUGUCGUUCGGCAUACAAGUUUAAAAGUGCAAAAAGUUUUUCCCGAAAGAAACAAACGCCAGCUCCAUAUAGCCUUUCCCUCUUGGAAGGAGCUCCAGGUGACGCCCCGGAAGUGUUCCUCAUUGACAUACUUAGACUUAAACACAAGGUACAGCUUUGAUCAGGAAAAUAGACUGAAGACGUUAAAAUGGCUAAUUUCUCCUGGGAAAACAGUCUCCAGGCUACAAGUGCUCCAGGACCGAGCAGAGAUUGAAGACAAAUUUGAUAAGCUCCAUCAGGAAUGUUCCCUGUAUUCUGGAAGACAGGCUCACCUGGCAAUCCCUGCACAGGCCUGGGCUGAGGGUGGGCAUGGAGGUGGUGCUGGAAGCUCAGGUGGUCCCCGGGGAGGAGAGACCCACAGGCUGCCUGUACCUUUCAGCAGAGAAAGAGGAAAGAGGCUAAGGGAGGCUUCUGAAAACCUGUACAUAAGGCCUUUCAAGGCAGCUAGUUGCUCCCCGCAGAGCCGACCCUUUUCAUCACUCCCAGAGGGCAGCCCCUCACAGAGCCCUGGUCUCUUCAGAAAGAUGUCGGCAGCCAGCAUUGCUGUUUCGGUACCAACCAUCGGACGUCCAGGCUGGAGGAGAAACCACUGUGAUGAAAUUAAAGAAGAGUUCGACAGGCUCCAUCAGCAGUAUUGCCAGACAUCACCAUUGCUGCCUCAGGCAAAGCCACUGGCCGGGAUUAGAUUGUCUCCAGGGAAGGCCAGUGCAGACUCUCACUUCCAGAAGCUCCAGAAGUUGUCUCUGUCACCCCAGUGGCGCAUAAAAAGUCCACAGGACUCGACUGUUGAUGAGGCUCCUGGAUCUGGGUGGACUGUGUUUGCUGUCACAAGGGACCCACAGUUCUCUAUAAAGAGACGCAGGUUGUCAUAUCCCCAAAUAACUAGAGACCAUGAUGAAUCUCUGGAGCCCUCAGAGGAGGCAAGCACAGAUCCGCCCUGGUCAUAAGGACUUGUCAGCCCCGCGCCCUACCUGGAAAAGAACACAUCUUUCAGGAUGGAAGAGAAAAGGGGUUUUUGUUAGAAAAACUCAAAGCUCAGAAAUUUCUUCCUGGACUUUGUCCCUCUUCCUGUGUGCUUGCUUCAGAUGGGGUUUCCAAGCAAGCCCCACGACCAUCCACUUUCUUGUUUUACUUGUGUAGUUAUCAAUAAAGUAUGAGGACUGGGCUGGCUGACCUGGCUCCCUCACAGGCUCCUGGUGUAGAAAUAGGGUGAGUAGAGUUGCUAGUGAACAUUCUGAAUGUUA